UAUAUUAUUACAAUAUGAAAAAACAAAUUCGUAUUAGAAUCGACAUUUCUUCAAAUGGUUAGUUUUUAUUUUUAUGAAUUUUAAUAAUUUACAUUAGCUUUAUCUGUAAACCGCAAUGACUUUUUUCAAAUAUGAAUUAUCUGAAUCAAUAUAAAAUCCCUUCACUAAACACAAUGCACCAAAAUCAUUUUUCUAAUCUAACAAAUAAAAAUUGUUCAACCCGUUUGAACYACCAAACAACUCCAACUAUUGUUGACCGCAUUGUUUUUCCACAAAUGGUUAAUGAUGUCAGGUACCAAUCAAGUAACAUAUUUGAUCCAAGACAUUUAGAUCUACAAAACACAUUGAAAUUAGAUACUCAUUUCAAUGGUAAUGUGGAUUUUUUUAAAAAUCAUGACAAAAAUGAGUUCUAUGACAAUUAUAGAUACACGGAACCACAGUUACCUUCAAAACAAAAUUCUUAUAAAAAUUAUAGUCGCUCACAGGUUCUUGAAGUUAAAGCAAGGAUAUCAGUAGAUGUAUCUACUAUGACCGAUCCUUUAACAUUAGAAGAGCAAGAAAGGCUUGGUCAAUGGGAAGGUUUUGCUGCUGUUCAGUCUGGUAAUAAAGUUGCUGAAUACCUGACUAGUCUGAGAGAAUUUCUUAAGUUAUCUCCUCCACAAGAAGGGAAAAGAAGACAAGGAUUAGGUGAUGUUAGAAUAGUUACAUCACCUGAUGGUUCUCGGUUGUAUUGUUGUUCUGAAUGUUUAAUGGCAUAUACAGAUAAAACAGUUUUGGAACAUCACUUAGCCAAUCACAAGGUAGAGCGUAGAUUUAUAUGUAUGGAAUGUGGAGCAGGAUUAAAACGAAAAGAGCAUUUAGAUAGACAUCAAUUAAGUCAUAGUGAUCAGAGACCAUACACCUGUGCUGCAUGUCCUAAGACCUUCAAGCGUAAUGAACAUUUAGCUCGACAUUAUAUUGUACAUUCUGGAGAAAAAGCACAUGUCUGUGUAGAGUGUGGAAAGGCAUUUUACCGCCGUGAUCAUUUACAAAAACACGUCCAGGGUCAUAUUACUAAAAGACUCAAAGCAGUAAUAAACGCUGUUGUUUAAUCAAAAUAAUAAUUAGUUUAAGCUCACAUUAUUAUAGUGCCUUUCUUUACACAUCUAGUCAUUAUUAUUAAUCUGUAUGUUAUUCUGAAUAUAUUAGUGACAUAUUUUAACUCUGAUUCAAUUAUAUCAGAGACUAUUUAAUUGUUUCGUAUAAAUUUUAUAGCCAUCAAAUUUAAUCUGGAAAUAAUAUUAAAAUAACAAAGAUUUAUCAYAUWACAUUUUAUAUUAUUUUACAAUUGUUAUAAAAACUUACACUUAUAUGCAAUAUUAAUGUAUACUAUAUUAUAUUGAUGGUUAAAAAAUCUUACAGGACAAUUAAUGCGCAAUGGCUUAAUUAACUAAAGAGAAGAAAGGUGUAAAAAAGUAAAAAUCUGACAGAAAUUUGGAUAGUUGUAAAAAUAAAAUAGUUGGAUAAUGAUUCUAAAUCACAGUUGAUAAUCUUUAAUUAUUAAAUUAAACUAUUUAAAUAAUUAUUUAAACCCUGAAAUGUAGU